AUGGUUGACAACGGCGAGGAAGGCAAAGAUCCUCCCAUUCGGGAGAAAGUUAUUUCGGAGGGCAGACCUCCCGACGAAAUAGACCCUGAAAACAUAUCCCACACACCAAUAUUCGGCAACUCUUCUUUUCCCUCGAAUAAUGAAAGUAAUCCAUCAACAACAAACUCCUCUGUUAAAAAGGCUAACGAGUUGCCUGAAGCUGCCCCUCGCCGUCGGGUUUACCAACCUGGAUCGACGGGACCUUGGGUGGUUUACAUCCGGUCCAAACCGAAUGGGAAAUCACCCAAUAAAGUUCGAGAAACUCCUGCUCCAAAGGCGGACAAAUUAGAAGGGCUGAUCGAAUUUGGCGUGAGAGUGCAAGCUUUGUGCGAUCACAUAGAAGCAGCAAACGAAAUGGAGCAUAUGUCAAAUCCUUCGCUUCUUCAGGAACUCGUUGCCAAGCUACCGACAGAGCGAAAAAUGAUGUGGGCCGCGUACAGGCGCUGUCUCUCAGUAGUAAACCUGAAAACAUUCAGUGCUUACAUGACCGAAGUAGUACAAGAUGCAUUGACAGUGGUAAACUACGAACCAGAAACCAGAGUGAAAGAAGUCAUCCGCGAUAGAACGAAACCGAAGGGAUUUGUCAACUCUCAUACUUUGGAAUCUGGCGACCACACCGAAAUUCCUGAAGAGCCGACAGUAACCAAUAAGGCGGGACCGUUCAAACACUUCGAUUGUGCUCAUUGUGAAAAACCCGGCCAUCGACUUUAUGAAUGCGGCGAGUUUAAAAGACUUAGUGUUGACGAUCGAUGGAGGAGAAUCCGUGCACUGCGAAUAUGUCAAAACUGCCUGUAUGGUCAUGGGAGGAGAUCAUGCCGCAGGAGCAGCCAAUGCGAUAUCAACGGGUGUCAAAACCGUCACCAUUAUCUCUUGCAUUCCCCUAAAACUUCAAACGAGAAUGACAAAGACUUAGUCGUAGCGGAACACCACACGCACCGAUUUCUGCCGUCAUCCUCGCUCUUCCGAAUUGUUCCAGUUAAGCUCUAUGGUAAACACGAAACGUUAGACACCUUCGCAUUCCUAGACGAAGGAUCAGACCUUACGCUUAUCGAAAGAAACGUAGCCACCACUCUGGGAAUUCGUGGUAGCCCACAAGCUUUGUGUCUUCGAUGGACCGGUAGUAUGACUCGCACUGAGAAAAAUUCUGAGCGUAUAACAAUGGAAAUCUCCGGUAAUCAAAACGCUAAAAGAUAUCGAUUCAACGCAAGAACCGUGGAAAAUCUAGGAUUACCUUCUCAACACCUCCAAGCUGAGGAAAUGGUUCAGAAAUAUAAACAUCUGUCGGGCAUACCAUUAACUAGCUACCGGGACGCGAAACCUAAAAUACUUAUAGGUAUCGACAACCUAAGUUUGGCGGUUCCUUUGAGGACAAGGGAAAAGGAUGGAAUAGCUGCGGUUAAAACAAGACUUGGUUGGUGUGUCUAUGGCUCGGCCUCAACAGAAAAGGAUGAGGCAUACAAUUUCAACGUAUGUAACUGCACAUGCGACCGUGAUCUCCAGGAAUCCGUUAAGCUAAUGUACGAAGUCGACGCUGUGGGCGUUAAACCCAGGGAGAUUCCCCUAUCUCCUGAAGAAGAACGCGCACUCUACCUAUUGAAAACAACCACCAAAUCUGUAGACAACUUUUUCGAAACCGGACUCCUGUGGAGAAACGAUCACAUCGAAUUCCCCGAUAGCUACCCUAUGGCACUUAGCAGACUGGAGGGACUGGAACGAAGAAUGGCCCAAAAACCGGAGUUAGGUGAAAAUGUUCGUCGACAAAUACGUGAAUACGUGGAAAAAGGAUAUGCCCAUCGUGCAACGAAAAUGGAAUUGGACCAAGCAGACCCCAGAAGAAUCUGGUACUUACCGUUAGGUCUCGUGACCAACCCAAAGAAACCCUCAAAGGUACGCAUGAUCUGGGAUGCGGCGGCCAAAGUGGACGGCAUCUCCCUUAACAGUAUGCUACUAAAAGGCCCCGACCAGCUCGCUUCCCUCGUGGCAAUACUGUUCCGCUUUCGACAAUUUUAUGUGGCUGUUAGCUCUGACAUUAAAGAAAUGUUUCAUCAAAUCCGUAUCCGGGAUGAUGAUAAACAUUCUCAGCGAUUUUUAUGGCGAGAAAACCCUACGGAAGGACCUACGGUUUACCUUAUGGAUGUGUGCACAUUUGGGAGCACCUGUUCUCCGGCCUCCGCGCAGUUUGUGAAGAACUUGAACGCUACUAAUCAUGCCGACCUUUAUCCGGAAGCCUCGAGAGCGAUCCAAUUUGAUACCUACGUGGACGACUAUCUAUCGAGUUUCAGUUCGCAAGAAGAAGCAGCCAAAACUGCCGUCGAAGUUCGUCUGGUUAACAAAAAUGGAGGGUUCCAGCUACACCACUGGAGAUCGAACAGCACGAUUGUGAUGGAGGCGUUAAACGAAAAACAAGUUAUCGAGAAGAAGAAUCUUAGUUCGCUGGAUAAUACCGAUACAGAAAGGGUGCUGGGUCUACUCUGGGACCCCUCUACGGAUGAAUUAAGUUUUUCUACUGAUAUGAAACCCGAAGUUAGGAUCCUCAUCGCACAGAAUAUAAAACCUACAAAACGACAAGUUCUACGCUGCGUCAUGUCUCUGUACGACCCACUAGGAGUUCUAGCACCAUACAUCAUUCAUGGAAGAAUUUUGAUCCAGGACUUAUGGCGUGCAAAAACCACCUGGGAUGAGCAAAUCCCCGACGAAGCCUUUGAACGAUGGACACAGUGGUUUUGUGUCAUAGAGCACAUAGCAAAAAUUCGUAUUCCUAGAUGCUACUUUCCUAACGCUAACCGUGGAACCUACGAUAACGUAGAGUUGCAUGCCUUCGUCGACGCUAGCGAGGUUGCUUAUUGUUGCGUUAUAUAUUUCAGAACACUGAACCCUAACCUCGAAUCGCAAUGCAGCCUAAUCACAGCCAAUGCCAAAGUAGCACCACUCAAACCAUGGUCCAUACCACGCCUCGAACUUCAAGCGUGCGUGUGGGGUGCUCGCCAGACAAAGUUCGUGCAAGAAAACCAUAGUGUACCGAUAUCGAGAACCAUACUGUGGACAGACUCGAUGACGGCACUGUCCUGGAUAAAUGCUGACCCUCGAAAUUACCGGCCGUUCGUUUCCAACAGAAUCGUUGAGAUUCAGGAGUUAACAUCAGAAUGUGAAUGGAAAUGGAUUCCAAGUAAAUUAAACCCCGCUGAUGAAGCGACAAAGUGGGGAACCGGACCCUACUUUACACAAGAUAGUUUUUGGUUUAGUGGGCCUGACUUUCUAAAAUUACCCGAAAGUGAUUGGCCGUUUUUGAAAGGGACUCCCACGACAACCACCGAAGAAAUCCGCGCAUCCGUUCUGCAUCAUACUCUUGAUCAACCUUUGGUCGAAUAUGAAAACUUCAGCUCGUGGGAAAAACUACAACGAACGUACGCUUUCAUUUUGCGAUUUGCAAAAAAUGCCAAAAAAAAUAACCCCAAACAAAGGGGUCAUCUCCAACAAAACGAACUACGAGAAGCAGAAGAGGAAAUCUUUAGGCAGAUUCAAAAGGAAGCUUUUGCAGAUGAAAUAGCGACCCUUGAAAAAGGUUUACCAAUAGGAGCAAGUCGGAAGCUGGUCAACAAGGAAAGCAAAAUCUAUAAAAUGAUACCCCAGUUAGACGACCGCGGACUUCUGCGUCAAAAUAGUCGAAUUGAAGCUGCGAAGGACUUCCCAUACAGUGUACGUUACCCGAUAAUUCUGCCAAAUAACCAUCGAGUCACUGAACUUCUUGCUGAUCGUUAUCAUCGCAUCUUUCGCCACGGCAACUCGGAAACGGUUGUAAAUGAAAUGAGACAAGUCUACGCAAUUCCUGGACUGCGGGUGUUGGCUAAAAGAGUAAGUAAAGAAUGUCAGUGGUGCAAAAUACGUCGGGCAAAACCUUCGAUACCCCCUAUGGCUCCGCUACCAUUAGCCCGCUUAGCACAUCACGAGCGAGCAUUCACGUUCACGGGCCUUGAUUACUUUGGCCCUUUACUUGUUAAAGUAGGAAGGGCUAGCAUUAAACGCUGGAUAGCUCUUUUUACGUGCUUGACCACUAGAGCCGUACACCUAGAGGUCGCCCACUUCCUUACAACCGCUUCAUGUAUCUCAUGCGUUAAACGCUUCGUCGGUCGCCGUGGUACGCCGUACGAGUUUUUCACAGAUAAUGGUACCAACUUCCAAGGAGCAGAACGUGUCCUUAGAGAACAGAUAAGCCAAGGCCUGUCUGCUACGUUUACCAGCAGCGAUACUAAAUGGACGUUCAUACCACCGGGAGCUCCACAUAUGGGAGGCGCCUGGGAGCGUCUUGUCCAAUCGGUUAAGCGCGCCAUGGACUAUGCUUUCAACGAGGAAAAGCUUGAUGAAGAGGGGUUGAUGACACUAGUUGUGGAAGUUGAGAGUAUGGUGAACACUAGACCACUGACUUACUUACCAAUUGAAUCGGAAGAGUCAGAGGCAUUAACUCCUAACCACUUUCUGCUACUAAGUUCAAACGGAGCCAAAACCACUUGGGUAGAUAAAAAAUCCCGUUCAGAUCAGAAAGCCAAAUUAGGUUGCGCAGAACUUAGACACCUACUAGGCCGCUCAUGGGAUAAUAUCCAGAACCAACUGGAUAAAUUCUGGGAGCGUUGGAUCAAGGAAUACCUUCCAGUAAUAAGACGACAGUCAAAGUGGUUCGAGGACUCCAGGCAGUUGGACGAAGGAGACGUCGUGAUGGUGAUUGACCCUACAAAGCGCAAUGGAUGGGAACGAGGCAGAAUUCUUCGAUUGAUACACAACCCAGAUGGACGUGCAAGGCAAGCUGUGGUACGAACAACUAGUGGCGAGCACAAACGUCCGGUGUCGCGACUGGCAUUAUUAGAUGUUAAAGGUCGUACGAUUCCGGAAGAUACCGAAACGCACCAGGGGGAGACUGUCGCCGAACAAACAGCAACAUUGGCGACACUGGCGUGA